GUUUGACGCAUUCGGUACGUCUUUAUGUCUUCGGUAAAGAUAGUUUUUCAAUGUUGCAUGUCUGCCAAGCUAUUAAUCGAAGGCGGUGUUUCAGAGACAACCAUCGGAAAAGGUCUUGUAGUUUAUGUUGUUUUCCUUAAAGAUUGUUCAGAUGAAGUUUUGCAUAAAAUUGCUGAAACAAUUUGUACAGUACGUCUGAUAUCUGACGAUAAUGACAAACUACAAUCAGUGGUUGAUAGCCCUUGUGACUUACUAAUUGUUCCUCAGUUCUGUUUAUCUGGGAAGUUAAAAGGCAAAUGUUUCCAAUAUCACACUGCUGUCUCAAAAGCCAUUGCCGAGUCGCUAUACUCACGAUUAGUUAGAUUCUGUGAUACGAUUUUAAAGAAUAGCGCUACAUGGUUAUCUAAGUCUUGUAAACUUUCCUAUGGAACGUUUGGAACUCGUCAAAUUCUAAGUCUAGAGACUAAUGGUCCUUUCACUCAUGUUGUUGAGUUGUAAUCUGUACAUGUCUUUUAAAUGACCUGAUUUAACUUCCCACUAUGUAUUAUUCUUUUUUUAUAGUAGAAUUUAAUUAUUUGUAAAUUUUUCUUAACGUAAUAUGAUCGAAAUAACGUGCAAUGACAGACUUGGUAAGAAAGUACGCAUUAAAUGUAACCCAACCGAUAAAGUUGGCGAUCUAAAAAAGCUGAUUGCUGCACAAACUGGAACCAACUGGGAGCGUAUCGUACUAAAAAAGUGGUACACGAUUUUUAAGGACCAUAUAACACUUCAGGAUUAUGAAAUCAAUGAUGGAAUGAACCUUGAGUUGUACUAUCAAUAAUUUGUGUUCAGAACUGGUUCAUUUUCUGUAUAUUUCAAAUACAAAUUUUUCAUUCA